AUGGAAAAAGAAAUAUUUCGUAUUAUCCAAACUUCUGUGAUUCAAACCAUCCGUGAUUGCCUAAACCUUCUUGUUGUGGUUCAGUUUGUCAGUGCCUUGAACAAAGUUGCUAUACUAGCGCUAAUCAUCAUUAAAAAACCGUCACUUUUGCAUUACACUUUCGUUAUUAUGCUAUUCUGCAUGAUAUCUGUGUCCGCCGCCUACUUUGUUAUUCACUACCGAGAUGGUCAAAUCCAGAAAGUGUUGAAGACGGAGCUGGGCCUGAGUAUGUACAAAACCAAAUAUGCUGUUGGCAAGGGUGAAUCUAUCUACUCUUUGUCAUCAAUUGCCCAAAAAAAAAGGAUUUAUGCUCCACUCUUACAUCAGAUCCUAGAGUGCUGUGGUGCUACUGGCGUUGAAGAUGUUCGAGUUGAUAAAUCACCCGUGUACACCUGCUGUAGAGUGAAUUCAGAGUGCCAGCAGGAAGACGACUUUACGAAGCACUCAUGCGCGUGGAAAUUGCAUGUUCAAGGCUCAAAAGCUAUACUUAAUCGACUCAAUGCCUCCAUCUUCAUGGCGGUACUGAUAGAUUUAUUCAAUUUUCUGGUCACUAUGAUGUAUCGGCUUUUUUUUACCGCUAUUAAAGCCUCAGAUAUGGAGUUGAUCCUCCCAUGA